AUGAAGACUGCUGUUGUUACAGGCCUUUUUUUCACUGCGGUCGCUUCCGCGACAACGACCAGUGGCAAAUUUACAGCUUUGAGCUUUAAUGUCGCAGGAUUGCCUUCGAUACUGCAGUCCAAUGAUGUGAGCGGCUCAAAAACCGAAAAUGCUGAAGAAAUUGGCACCUACUUUUCGGAAUACGGCUACGAUAUCAUCCAUAUGCAAGAAGAUUUCAACUAUCAUGCGUAUAUCUACAGCACUGAUGACCACGCUUACCGAACUUCCACAUCUGGGGGUGCCGGAAUCGGAAGUGGGUUGAAUACUGUUUCCAACUAUGAUUGGGUUGACUUCACUCGUGUCACUUGGGAUGACUGCUCAGAUGCCUCUGAAUAUGACUGUCUCACACCAAAGGGAUUUACGUUCAUGCGCUGGAACCCUUCUAGUGGAGUUUACAUUGAUUUUUAUAACCUUCACGCCGAUGCUGGCACUGAGGAUGAUGAUGAGACCGCACGCAACGACAAUUUACAACAAGUUGCUGACUAUAUCGAUACCUGGUCAAUUGGAAAUGCUGUUGUGGUUAUGGGUGAUACCAACAGUCGGUAUACUCGUAGUGCUGACACGGGAAUCCGGGUUUUUAAGUCUCAGAAUAGCCUCACUGAUGCCUGGGUUGAGCUGGAGCAAGACGGCGUUUAUCCGACCGCGGGAGCUAAUGCCUCUGUGUGUGAUAACCCGUCUUUGAUCGAGACCUGCGAAACUGUCGAUAAGGUCCUGUAUCGAGGAUCCGACAUUGUGACAUUGUCUGCAUAUAGCUUCUAUUAUGAUGGCGAACAGUUCCUGAACACCGACUCUGAUUACCUUGGGGAUGUUCUCUCUGAUCAUAACCCGGUUCUAGUCAACUUCACCUGGGCUUUGUCGGACUCGUUUCGGCAGAGUGAGUUUUCUGGCGGCCCACAUGGAGAUUGGUUCAAUGAUCUUCCUGAUAUGCCUUCUUCUCCAGCAGCUUCAGUUUUGACAUUCCGAGGCGGUAGCCGACUUGAUGCUGUGGCGUUGGAGCUAACCGAUGGUACGUCCUUCAGCCAUGGUGGAACUGGAGGCACCGAAGUGAGCCUCACUCUCGGUUCCGAUGAGUACUGGACAACCACAGAGCUCUGCACAGGAACGUAUGAUGACCAUACACGAAACUUCUAUAUCAAAGCCACAACAAGCUCUGGAAACACCCUGGAAGCAGGAACUGCUACAUCCAACUGCACGACAUAUACUGCCGACUCUGGAUACGGUGUAGUUGGUUUCAUGGGACAAGAUGGAGAUGAGAUGGACCAGUUGGCUCUUAUUUACGCACCAUAUGCGUGA